ACACCGACUCCUCGGGAGUUGAGCUCGGUUACUCUCAACGUGGUUUGGCCCGCCUGUCGAGCUGUUCACCGGGAUGUGGCUGCUGUUACAUCCAAAUGGCUUCUUGGCGCCGCAGGAGACUUGGGAGUUGUUAUUCUGCAAGCUAUAAACUCAAAUCGGGUCGUUUCUCCGUUGGACUACGACAUAUUUGUAAACAAGCUGCAUGAACUAGAUGUCGUGUCAACCGAUUUUAUAGAGAAUAUCAUUGAAAAGUAUACGCACACUCAAUCAGCCAUCGAAGUGGUAGAUUCUAGCGCACAUGCAAUAGUUCGAGCCUAUUUGGAUUUUCAGAAAUAUGACAACUUACUAUCCCUAGCUAAACGGAGGGCCAGUACCGGUGUCUUCCUCGAUCCAGUUGCAGCCAACAUGUUCGCAAACCAUCUUGUGAAAUCGGAAGACUGGAGCUCAGUGAUUGACGUUAUGUGGGAGCUCUGUUUGCAAAACUACUUUUAUGAGAAAGUAGUGAGCCCGUUACCACUGGCAUUCACACUCCUAGCCGGUGUUAAAUUCGUUCGUGAUCUGCCUCAGGAGCAGACUCUGACUGUGGAAAAUGACGAUUCGGAGGAAGUUGAGUACGUCUUCGUGCCGUAUGUGCGUAAUCCACACUACGAUAAUUUUUUCGAUAUCGAACGUGUGCGGUUGAAACUGGGUGUUUUAUGGCUGCAAAUUCGAGACGUGAUCACGAAUCGCCCCAAUUCGUUGACCGGGACACCCGGUAUACAACACCAGACACUCGAAGCGAUGCGUUCACACCUCACGACUGGUUUGCUUCUGUUUGGUUUGUCACUGACCGAACAAAUGGACGCGUUGAAAGCAGAGCUAUCACAGAUCUCUUCUGCCGAACAAUUGGAGAAAAAACAGCUGAGUACAAACGUGCUAGAAACACUGCUGCAUAUCACUGAAUCCGCUCUGACGCGUGAAGACACGGAGACCAUUGAACGAGGUCGACCUGUUCAACCGAGAAAAUCCGAUGUGGCCUCGGCUGUGGCACAGAUACAGCAACUGAUUGAGUUGUCGAAACCAUUGUCCGAAGACUUUCUCACCAAAUGUGAUCGUUUUGCCCGUGAGGGUAUUCUGACCAAUGAGGCUUGUGUGGCGCAUGAGACGAUGCUCGUACGCGAUUUGUACACGCGUUUCGCAAACGAGCGAGCAACCCGUUGGUCUGAACGCGAGGAGACCAAUCGCAAGCAGGACAUACUGCGUCACGCGCGACAAACGUUGCGUCAACUGAUCGAUGAGGAGGAACGUUUGAAUUACUUCCGCGAUUACGAGGAGAUCAGUCUGAAGGCGUGGUUGGCCCCCCGAACACGAAAAGAACAACGCUGGUCGAAAAUGAAAGACUGGCGAGCAGAUAUGGCACGUCAGAAAGAAAAGCAACAGCGUGAUCGAGAUGCACAAAUGUAG